AUGAAGUUCGGGAAGGUGUUUGCAUUCGCCUUGGCUUCCUCGCCCUUCGCGCUUGCCAAGCCUCAUGUCUGGCGUCGACAGGCUGCCGGGGACACCUGCAAGAUUCAACUCAACCAGGGCAGCGGCGGCCGGAAGAUUGCUAUUGUCCUGGACUCUUCUGGGUCCAUGUCCUACAAUGAUCCUCAGGACCUGCGAAUUACUGCAGGGAAGGCCUUGAAUGCCCAACUUGUUAUGGGGCAAAAUGCCGACCUUGUAACUGUUGUCGACGGUGUCGCAAAAGCCAUUGCUGAACUCACCAAGCCCGGAAAUGAUCCCACAGCCGACCGAUCCGGCAUCGUCGUUCUCACCGACGGCGAAGAUUCCGACCUCGACUUCCUCAUUCAGCAGAUUGAACUAGCCGCCACCCACGGCAUCCGCGUAAGCUUCGGUUUCCUCGCCCCGCCCGACUCUUUCUCAGAGCCUCGACUUGAAACCGCCAUCCUAAAGACGGGCGGAACAUUCAUGUCCUUCGACGACGCCGCCAACAUCCAGCCGUGGCUCUUCCUCCUCCUCAGCAACGGCCUCACCGCCAACGACCACAACGCCGGUGCCGACCAGCCCCUCCUCUCGGGAAUUACCAUUGCCAAGCUUACGGGCUCGCAGCCCGUCUCGUUUUCGUAUGCUUCGAGGAGUGGCGAGGAGCUCGUUUUCACAGUCCAGUCGCUUUCUGCCCAGGCUCUUGAGGCUGAUCUCCAGGAUGCGUCGGGCAAUUCUAUUGCUAAGAACGCGACCGGGACUGGGCCAGCGACACUUAGUUAUAAUGCUACUGCCGAGGCUACUUUGAAGCUCGUUGUUUCGUCUACCAACUCGACGUCCGAGGGCGUUUUCCAGGUUUCGCUUAACUCGUCGCUGGGUAUUUCGGGUUGCACGCUUCCUAACCGAACUACUAUUCCUUCUGAUUACGGCAAGAAUAGCACCGGUACUGGUUCUGGCAAUGGCAAUGGUACUACUAAUGGCCAGGGUAAUGGGGGCAAGUCCUGCCCCGGAACUUGCCACGGCUCUAGCUCCGGCUCUGGUUCUGGUUCUGGUUCUGGUUCUGGUUCUGGUUCUGGAUCCGGUUCUGGACCCGGUUCUGGCCCUGCUCCAGUCGGCCCUUCAGUGGUGCCUGGCUCGCCUACUGGCGGGAAGAGUCUUCCUACUGUUGUGACUGCUGCUGCCGACAAGAUUGUUAGGGCUAGUUUCUGGGUUGUUGGUCUCGGCCUCAUCGGUUUCUUCUUGUAA